AUGGGGCUGCUUUGGGUCAUGAACCCCGGUGUCCCAGUCAUGUUGAUGUCCGAGAUGAAGGGGGUGGUGAGGUUGCUGCUCGACCUUCCUAUCAAGACCAAGAACCAGAUGAAGAGCUGGAUAUCUGUCCUCGGCACUGGUGCCCUUUUUAAAUUGUUCUCGUUCUGGCCUCGUAUACUAUCAUAUGGAUUCUACUUCUUUGCAGUUAUCAAUGGAAUGUACCUGGUUAUUGAGACGCAUAUUCGAGCAGUUGGGCCACUGGCCAUUAACAUUGUGGAUAAGAUGGCUAAGAGCUUAGGCUUGUCAGAUAUCUCGUUCUUGUCAUUAAUCCAGGACGAUGAUGUUGUGGGAGGGCUUGAAGUUGUCGAUAACAAGUCUGGCUCCUUCGUAGCUGUCCAACCCUGCCCUGAUACCUUCUUUCUCAAUGCAUGGAGCAAUGGGAGGUUUCACAGCUUGAAGCAUCAGGUACAGAGCACAGAAAGCGAAGUCCUUGUAUCGAUUGGGAUGUUCAUGUUCACACCACAGGAUGUUGUUGUUGAAUCCCCUGAAGAGCUCGUCGACUCACAGAACCCAAGACUUUAUGUCCCAUUCACCGGCGAAGAUUACAUGAAGCUCCGACAUGAGAAGAAAACAUACACGGACGAAGCUCUUUUGGUGUUACUUAAUCUUGAGCAAUGUAAGAACAUGGGAAGGAAAGUCACUGCUAAUAUCUAUUGUUCACAGUUCUUUUUUCCUCUCGAUUAA